AUGUUUGAGUGUGUUUUUAGUAGAUAAGAUUACAGAAACCCUUGUAUAUCAGAUCCCAUAUGUUUACUUAUAGAAUAUUGACUUGUGAUUGAGGUUUACAGUUCUACUUCAUUGUCCAGCUUGUGAAUUCAAUCUUAAAGAACAGAAACUCUUAUGAACUUUCAUCACAUUUUUCUGUUAAUUUGCUGUUUCAGUAUAUGGCAAGUUUUAGGAUAAAAUAGUGGCACAAAAAAUUGAUUUAGUAAAAUAAGCAAGAGCUGUGACUGAAUGAAGGGUUAAUGAUUGAAAUGCAGCCGGGAGGGGGAGCAUGGUGACACUUUAGCUCCGCUGUACUAUACACUGAGUUUCCAGAGAGCAGCAGUGAAACAGUUAAUUAGCUGCAGUUGCAGCUCUCCCCUACCUGCUUAGGAGCUACAAACGAAGUGGGAAACAUAUCUGGCACUGAGGGGGUUGUGUCCGUAAAGGAAGCUCUUUGUUUGGGUCACAUGACUGAAGAAAAAGCGCAUGAUACAGUCACGGAACUGCUAGAGUGAUUUUUAUUAGAGAGCGAGAGAUUGACUGUGCCGCUCUGGCUUCGCUACUAUUCUCUAUGGUGCGGAAGGAGUCAUCACAUGACAGGGGAAUGCACAACACAAAGUAGUGCGGUGAACAAGUGGAGCAAGGCUGAUGGAUGAGGACGGGCUGCCUAUAGUGGGCUCUGGGAUUGACCUCACCAAGGUCCCACCUAUUCAGCAGAAAAGAACAGUGGCAUUUUUGAACCAGUUUGUUGUUCACUCUGUUCAGUUCCUUAACCGGUUUGCUACAGUUUGUGAAGAGAAACUGUCUGCCUUGUCCCUGCGAAUUCAACAGAUUGAGACAACCCUUAAUAUUUUGGAAGCAAAGGGAGACUGCAAAGUCUGGUUUAGCAAGUUUAAAGAUCUGACAUCUAAGCUCUCCUCCAUUCCUGGCCUAGAAGAUGUUAAAGUUGAAGCACAACAUAUUUCUGAGAGUAACAUUUCCAAUGGUCAUCUGCCAAGUCAGCCUGAUGCACAGUCCGUUGUCGUGUCUCCUCAGUCUGAUAACAAUUCCAUGAAUGAUGGCAUCCUUCAAAAGGAGGAAGCGAAAUCAGAAAAUAUCACAACUGUUUCAAAAGACCCUAGAUAUGCCCGAUAUUUAAAGAUGGUCCAAGUGGGUGUCCCAGUGAUGGCUAUCAAGAAUAAAAUGAUUGCAGAAGGACUAAAUCCAGACCUUUUAGAAACCCCUGAUGCUCCAGUGCCAGACGGAGAACCUGAAGCUGAAGAAAGUUCUGACAGUGAGUCUUCCUUCAGUGACUGAAAGCAUUUAGACACUAUGUUCUCCUGGGUAGAUUUAUUCCUGCUUAUUGCACUUAUCUGAUCUGUGCGGAUCUCAUUACUGCUCACAAAUCUCUUUGUUUAAAGAUCAAUGAAGAAAUACACAAAUAAACAUGCUUGACGUGGUAGUAUUUUAGGGGGAAAUGUGCCUUAGUGUUAAACCUAUUGAUGCCACAAAUGCAGGCAGCUCAUGGCAGAACAAUAAGGAAUUCUGAAAUACAGUUAUAUAACAUAUAUGUACCCCAUCAGGAUUAACCCAUUUGUAUGCUUAUCAUUCAGGCUUAAUGCACAAGUGGUAUUAGUUAAGUAAAAAUGCCCCUAGUAUGGGCACACACUCCCACGAUAUCUUCGGAUUAUUGCACGAAACCCAGCGCAAAUCAAGAUAUCCUUGGAACUUGUCCCAUUGAGUUAUGCAGUUCUGAGAUGCCAGAUUUUCAGAUUCUGACUUUUUCCAUCCUUGGGGUAUAAUAAAUCCUGAAAAAUUUGGGGGGGUUUCACUUAAAAAUUCCGAUUUCAUAGUAAAAAAAACACACAUUUGGAGCUAAAUAAAUAACCCUCUAGACUGCAGCUGACUCAAUUCCCAUUUUAAAAAUCUGCAAGGUCAUUCUUUUUUUCAUUCUUUUAUGGUGUGAUCAGUCAUGUGACCCAGCUUAGUUUUACUUUAAUGUCAAACAGCCAUACCUUAAAGCCAGUUUUCCCAGGUUUCUGUAGCAUUUCAUGCUUGGCAAGAACAUUUUUGCUUCACCUUUACCUCAUUGCAGUUUGAGGGGAGCCCACCCAUUUCUUUGGGUACAGGCUGGACUUUAAGCCAUAAGUGUGUAGCGUCUGGCAUCCCUGGCAUGCAUUCGUCACAUUUCUAGCUGAAGUUAGUUAGCCUCUUCAUUACAGUUAUAAUAGAAAAUUAAUUGAACAUGGACAUUGAUACAGGAUAGAUUAAAAAUCCUUAUACAACACGUCAUUUUGUUUUCCUUCACUGAGAAGACCAGUUCAACUUACUGCAUGUGUCUGAAUGUACUAAUAAAGGCUGUAUAGUAUGCUUUAUACCAAGAUUUCAUGUAAAUACAAUAUGGCUACCACAAAA